CUUUGUAAUGGCAAAGUGUCUUGACACUUGAAGCUUUCAAGUAUUAAUAUUAAUUUUAUUUUUUUAAGUCUUUGUAUUUUUUUUUAACUGAACACAGUGUUUUCCCCAUACCCGAAACAUCUAUUUUAACCUGACAAUCGACAUUGACUAUUCUCCCAGCAAUCCUUUUCCUUUCAUCACAUGGAGGUCCUCUGAAAAACUCCCAUCUCCUCUUUUUUCCUCCUUCACUCCAUAAUACACUACUUGCUCUCUCUUCUUCAACCCUAACCCUAGCCCUCUUUACCUAAAAGAUCAUCAUUUAUUAGUUUAAUAACGAUGCAUAUUAUAGUACACCUUCUAGCAGAAUCAGACUGCAAAAAACUUCAUCAUCAAAGCUUUUGAAUUUUUCAAAGUUAUCUCAUGAAAAGAAAAAAAAAAAGAAAAAAGCUUACUUGAUCAGUUUGACCAGCCACUGAAAAAAACAAAACAAUAUUGAUUUGAUAACGAUUGCUUCCUAAAAACUAAAGAAAAAGAAAAAGAUGCUUUCUUCCAGUAGCAAUGGCAUCUCACUUUUUCCACCAUAUUUGGACCGAAACAUUAACCCUUGUUGUAAUCCUUCUUCCUCUUUCAGCCUCAGCAGCAGCAGCAACAACAAUAUUCAUGACAAUCAUGAAGAUCUGCUUUCUUAUUACCUUUCUGUUGCUCCUCCCAUCAUUGAAUCUUCAGCCAAUAAAAUGACUUCAUCAGUUUCCACCAAGAACAACAAAAGCUCACAGAUUUACAGCUUAAUUCGUCAAGAAUGUUGGGCCAGGAAGAAAGCCACCAAAAGGGAUCGCCACAGCAAGAUUUUUACAGCUCAAGGCCCUAGGGAUAGGAGGGUUAGGCUUUCCAUCGAGAUUUCAAGGAAGUUUUUUGGGCUUCAAGACUUGCUAGGUUUUGAUAAAGCAAGCUUGACUCUUGAUUGGCUGUUGACCAAGUCAAAGGCAGCCAUAAGAGAACUCCUGAAAACCAAACAGGCUGAUGAUAAUAAUAAUGAAGCAAACAUUGCCAGGUGUCUACGCUCUUUGUCAGAAGAAGAAAAAGAUGGAGUUUUUGUUGAGAAUGAAAAUGAAGGGGCUGAUGGUAAAAACAACAAUGAUGAUGAAUAUUCUUCUUCCAAGAGGAAGAGAUCAUCAUCAAAACAAAUAAGAGGGGGGAAGAAGAAAAAGAAACCGCCCAAAAUGAUGACUGAAUUGGAUAGACUUGCUAAAGAGUCAAGAGCUAAAGCAAGAGAAAGAGCAAGGGAAAGAACUAGAUUAAAGAAGCAUCAUCAAGAGCAACAGAAGCUGUUAUUCUUACCUGAUCUAAUCUCCUUCAAUAAUCAUCAUCCUCCUGUUAUUCCAAAUAGUCAAACCUCCAGGGGGUUGACCACCUGGAGCUGCAGCACUAAUUACAACAAUAUUGCAUCUUGCAAUUCUCCUGAUUCCAGUAAGCAAAGUACUGUGUCCUCUUCCUUGAAUGAAAAUACUCCUCCGGCCGAAGGAUUCUUCUUUGUAAAUCCAAGGAUAAGUACUGAAGCAAGUACUACUACUAUUGAAGAAAUGUUUCUUCAACAAUGUGGAAGCAUUAGAAGGAGUAAUAAUAAUUUUGUAAAGCCAUCGAGCUUUGGUCUCCACAUUUGGCCUUCUGUUACAAAUAAAGAAGCUGUGAGUUCAGAUUUCAACAUUUGGCCCUCUGGCACUAAUGAUCAUCAUGCGCUCUAGCAUUUUUUUUAAGGAAGCGAGAGUAAAGGAGAGGGCGGGCUAGUUACCAUUUGCUGAUGUGAGAAAUUGGUUUUUUCCCUAAGAUGAUUUGAAGUUGUGCGAUUUUGUAACUACAGGGGUGAAGGUUAGAAUUUCCUUAAAAGUUCUUCACCACCACAUUCAAAUUACAAAGAUGUAAAGAAUAUCAAUAUGUGUACUUCAUGUUAUAGUUACAUAUGAUGAUGCAUUUGCUUCUCUAUUUAUGGAAAGUUUUGAUUUCGGAUUUAUAAAGUUCUAUUCUCGCCUAUUCAAAUACACAAUGCUUCUCAAUUUGUCUACACUUAUAUUUACAUAAGCAG